UUGUACCACACCCCUGGAGGAGGCUGGUUGCAGACGAAAAGGGAUAAAAAAAAGCAGCGAUGUGUAACCUUGUCGUCAGAACGAUAUUGUCGCGUAACUGGGACCGGGGUGUGCUGUCAGGACUCAACACUGGGUCAUCUUCUGGGGCGUCCCCACGAUUCUCCAGGAUCCACCCUUCGGGUACGUGUCGAACAAGGUGUUGAAAGCUUAGAACCCAGAACCGAGAUCUUCAACGCUUUCCAUCCAUACUUGGAAAUCUUGCUGUCACCGUGCGAUCUGUAGUAUGUAAGCCUUUGAGGUGCGUUUCCCCCGCUCCCUCCUCCUAGUGAGAUACUCGGUGUUCUAAGCUCGUACCGAAGCUUAUCCUUAUUACUCCCCGACCACCUUGGCCUAUCAGAUUGGAAGAUCGGACAUCACAUACGAACCUGCAUUGGGUGUCUCAGUUCGAUGUCGUCACCACAUGGCAAUGGGUAAAAUCGAUUUGAAUUCGAUCGACAUUGAUCAUAUCGAAAUUCGACCAUGAUUAUAUAUAACGAUGGUUGUUUUCUGUCGGUGCACGCUUCUCACUUUGGAAAGCCGUUUUUUUUCUUCAACUAUCUGUUUUUGCCAGAGUUGAAAUCGUUUGUGCUAUUGUAGCGCAAAUAUGGAGUUAUGCCAUGAUCCAGCCACUGCGGACCUACGAGUCUGUCCGGCCAUGGAGCCCCCUCCCGGUUACAAGCCCAUGGAUCCCGAUGCGUACACACUAGAACCGUAUAUGACCGCAACUACGGUUGUUUGCUUGUCACUGGUUGUCAUCGCGGUGACUGUGCGCUCUUUCACGAAAGGCUUUCUUAUCAAGUCAUUCAGUGCUGAGGACUAUGCAUUCAUCGUAGCAACUGCAUUCUUCGCAGCUUUUCUGGCCUUGAUGAACUACGGCACACAGAACUUUAAUUCCGGGAAACAUCAAUGGAACGUUUCGAUCGCCGAUGUGAUUGAGCUUUUGAAGAACGUCAACCUCGUCCAAAUGAUGUACCCACCAUGCAUGUUCUUCUCGAAACUAGGGUUACUCCUGCAGAUAGCACGCAUUUUCUCAGACAAGCAGCGUAACUACAUAUUCUGGGCAAGCUGGACACUGAUCGUUGCGAACGGCAUCUUAUAUCUGGGCGUCUUCCUGUCAUUCCUGCUCGCCUGCUGGCCACGAGAAAAAAUCUGGAACGACAGAGCACCAGGACGAUGCAUCGAUACGAACGCUUCGAUGAUAUCCACCUCUGCUCUCAACGUAGUCUCGGACUUUGCCAUCUUGAUUCUGCCGAUCUGGAGCGUACUACAGCUCAGAAUGCCCGUACGGCGCAAAAUCGGCGUUUCAGCGGUAUUCGCUACCGGUGUCUUUUCUUGUAUCGCUGGGGUAUUGCGCAUGUGGUAUACCAGCAUACUCUUCAAAACUCCGGAUUUCAGCUACUGGAUCUCGCCAGCGGGGAUGAUGUGCGUGGCCGAGCUUACCACGGUGAUUCUUUGCGGGUGUUCGCCGACGUUUCCUCGUUUUGCUCGGUUUUGUGCGGAGAAGAUUGGUGCGCGCGAGGCGGAUACGAAGUAUUCAUUGAAACGUACAGAGUCGCCUAGCGUGCCACGUCUGAUCAGUUCCCGGGAUUCUUACUCGAUAGCUGCCUGA